CUCCGAUAACGAACCAAAUAAUAGAAGAAGAGUCGAUCUCCAGGUAUCUUCUUCUUCUUCUUCUCGGUUAAGCUUUGACGCUUGAACAAUCUUUCUCUGCAGUUUUCUGAUUCCGGAGAUUACAUGUUAUCUCACUGUCCAAUUUGUUGCAUUUUCUGAAAAAAAUCUUUGGAAGCUGAUAUUUUCCUGGGGAAUUUCGAUCUGAGAAAGAUGGGGGAAUAUUGGAACGGAUUCAAGGGUUUCUGGGGGGAGAGGUUCGCUUUCCUGGAAAAUUACACGAGGUUCACUAAACGCGACACGCCUCUUCCUUCUUGGUCUUCCUCCGACGUCGACGAGUUCAUUGCCUCCGAUCCCGUUCAUGGACCCACCCUGAAAACUGCUAGGGAAGCUGCGACUUUUGGUGUUACUGGAGCUGCACUUGGAGCUGUAUCUACUGCUGCUUUUGCCUGGAAAUACUCGAGGAGUCCACAUGGUGCUGCAUUGUCGUUCUUAGGAGGGGGUGUUUUUGGUUGGACCUUUGGGCAAGAAGUCGCGAACCACACGCUGCAACUCUACAAGCUGGACACGAUGGCGGCUCAAGUUAAGUUCAUGGAAUGGUGGGAACGCAAGUCUCAAGGAAGGUUCUGAAUCUGAAACAAAUAAAUCUCGUGCUGCUUUCUUGUCCAGAGUAUCUUGCAAACAGCAUGAAAUGGUGAUAGUUAUCCAUUUCCAGACUCUCUUUAUGUUCCCACUCGUGGAACAUGUUUUGCUUGUCUCAAUAAUCCAACAUGCCCCAUGGGAUGUUUUCAAAAUUUGUGGAAAUGAAUUAAACGAAACCGAAUUGUCUCUCAUUUGGAUUUUGGAUAAGGAAGGAUUUUUCCA